CAGUGACCCAGCGUAAGUUGGGAUCCUGACGAACUGUCUAAUCGUUGUUUACCGGCUGACGGUGAAUGAUAACUGUAACUGAAGUUGAGCUAUGCGCUUACGUAAACACUGAGCUCCACGAUCUGAAAAUUGUUUUUCGGCUGAUCCUCUGUCUUCUGUAAGAUAUGGCUGGUAGAAGUCUGUUUAGUGUUCUGAGACAAUCCUGCUAUGUUACCAGCUUUCACACUCGUUUGAUCAGCAGUGGGACAUUUAGAUUGAGGGGAGUCCUUCCAAGUGCAGAAAAUUACCAGCAGGGAAAUCCAGUUGUAAAAACUGCUUUCCCAUCAGGUCACCAGACAAUAAAAGUAUUGUUUGACAACCACAAAACAGCUGACUUCAAAACUAUAUGGUUAAGAGACAACUGCAAGUGUCCUCUCUGUGUUCACGAGGAGACUCGUCAGAAACUUUUAGACACUCCCUCGUUGGAUGUGGGUAUUAAGCCCAAGUCUUUGACAGUCACAGACUCUGGAAACCUGGUCAUAUCCUGGCAGGAAAAAGGGCAAGACCACAUUUCAACAUAUGAUUAUAGUUGGUUAUACCGUUAUGGGCAGAGUUUCAUACAUGAAACCUUUGAAUCUGAAUCUGAUGGUCAUCACAUUUCACGCCCUCCAUUAGUCUUGUGGGACAGAACAGAAAUAUGGAAAAAUUUGCCAGAAAUUUCAUACAAUGAAGUAGUCAGCAGUGAAGAAGGACUGCGUUCGUGGCUUGAAAUGUUUUACAAAUAUGGAAUAGCUUUAAUGAGAAAUGUACCACCAGUGCAGGGCCAGCUAGUUGAACUUGUGAAACGAUUUGCAUAUGUGAAAGAGACACAGUAUGGCCUGACAUUUGAUGUAGUCAACGAGCCUGACCCUCAUGCUCAUCCUGCAUUCAGUGGCUUGUACCUGCACCAUCACACUGACAUGAACUAUAGAGAGAAGAGCCCUGGAAUGCAAUUAUUACACUGUCUGAAAGCAACAGAUCCAAAAGAACUAGGCUGUGAUCCUGGUGGUAUGUCAUUUUUUGUUGAUGGGUUCCGUGUUGCUAAAUGGCUGGAAGACAAUGAGCCCGCAGCGUUUCAUAUUUUAACAUCAACACCAAUCAGAUUUCAAAUAAAAAACAAGGGGAAACGUUAUUCGCAGUUGUGGCCAGUAAUUUGCUUGAAUCAAGAUGGCGAUAUUACAGAGAUACAUUACAAUAAUCGAACCAUGGGACCUCUCCAAACACCAUCUCACAUAGUUGUUCCCUUUUACCAUGCCUAUAAGCUGUUCUCCGAUCGAAUGCGUCAAGAAUCAUCAGAACUGCGAUUUCAUUUACUGCCCGGAGAUGUUGUUGCCUUUAACAAUCGUAGAGUUUUGCACGGGCGAACGAGUUUUGAUCCGACAAAAGUUUCAAGGCACUUGGUGGGAUGUUAUGUCGAUAUUGAUGAAGUAACAUCCCUGUAUGAUGCCUUACUUAGUAAGGGGCAACAGGUGCAGUAAUACCAGAACUAUCAAUAGGUAAUAAAACAUUUGCACAGUGUGCAUGGCACCUGUAACAUUUUAAUGUAUUUCCUGAAUGUAUCUUUGAAGAUGUAUUUCAUGUCCUGCAACUGAUUUUCUGCACACCUUGAAAAUUGUGAUAAAAUGGCACACUCCAAAAAGGAUUGGUUUAAAUUUGAAAUUAUGCAUGUUUCUUGUAAUUGCUUAAAUGUUUAUCAACAUAAUAUGUCAACGUAAUAGCACAUAUCUUUUGACGUUAAUCAUAUACUUGUAUUUCAUGUUUAGCAAAUGUCAAACUUCCACAUUGAAUAAUAUUCAUAUAUAACAACCCUAGAGUACAUAAACUGACAGAAAUUUAUAUUGUCAUGACACUGUUUAUGGUAAUUCAAAGCUUAAAGCAUUACUUGGAUGAGAAAGCUCUAGACAGGGCACUUUGGUUUAUAGAAAUGUUGCACUAUAGAAUUAAAUACAGAAACUGCUAACAAAAACAAAACAGAUUAGGCCAUUUCACAGGUACUGCACAAUAACCAACUAUGAUGAACGUAUUUGAAUAUAAAUCUCAGGCUUUCUGAAUGACGGGAUUCUUAGUCCUAAUUCUUAAGUUGCAAAGGGAAAACAUCUAGAGUUCACAUUUUAUUUGUUUCUGUGCUGGACUUGCUAUUCUUUCGUCUGUUGUAGGCAGGAAAAAAUGUACUUUCUUGUUGAGUAGUACAAGCAGUUAAGUUUCCUGUUGGAAGUAACAAGUCAGGUUUCAUCAUUAAUUACAGUUAAGCUAUUUGUGAUAUGAAGUGCACACUGUCUAGAUUUUUAGGAAAGAUUCUAAACACAUCAGUGCAAUAUCGAAACACAAAACACUGUUGUCUGUGGAUUGAAUAAUGCUUCAGCAGUUAUGGCACACUUGACAGGUGUAUAUUGUAUUCUUGCAGGACAAAUGACAAAUAAUGUGAUCGGAGAAAUUAUACAGUGCUUUCGCCAUGCUUCUGAAAGAGUGACCAUCAUGUGUCGUGCAUCAGAGUAGACACAAGGUAUGUAACUUUGAGCACACAACAUUCCUGAGAAAUAGUUCCCAAUUUCUUGCCCUGCCCAUCCCGUUUUUCCCUAUGGUUUUAUUGUCUGCUUUUCUUACUUAUAUAUGUGAGGUCGCAAUAUUUCAGCCCUUCAGCUCGACUGUCCCAGACAGUGUAAUAAAACGUGUAUCCAAUACAGAUGUUUUUCUCAUCGUUCCAACAGUAGAUAAGUAACUAGAAAAUUCAGAAGAAAAGUGACUAUGUAGUGUGCCAAACAUUCCUUUUAAAAGUAUGUAUAGAUGUCUGUCAAGUAAUUGUUUAUAUUUUCCGCUCAUAUUGUAAACUUCAUAAUUGAGGAGCAUUUUUUUGAAAGCUCGUAAAGCUCAGUUGUUGCUUGUUGCUUGCAUAAUCUGUUGAAACAAUCUUGUCAAAAGAUGAUAUCCACUGCUGUUGUAGGACAUUGACAACUAGGAAUUUUUACAAAACUCAAUAUUUGCUCUCAGCUGAUUAAAGCAAAAGUCAAUAAACGCACUCUGUGCUUCGCUUCUGAGGGACAUGAAGAGAGAAUAACAAUGUGGGGGAGAGUUUUCCGGGGGGGG